CGGCGCACUACAUACUGUAUAUGUACUGCAAUACUCCCACGAGCACGAGAUAUGGCUGAAGGCGACUAUGCUGCUCUCAAAAGGUUGUUUGCCGACAUCCGCCACUACAAGGACGACGGGGGUCGUCUACUCGCCGAGCAUUUUCUCACGCUCCCCCCUCGGAGCGCUUACCCGGACUACGACGACAUCAUAGCGAAACCGAUGGCACUGAACAGUAUACAGGCGCGCCUAGAUCGGAACAAAUAUCGAAAUCUAAGCGCAUUAAAAGCAGAUGUCGAGCUCGUAUUCGAAAACGCCAGAAAAUACAACGCUCCACAAUCGAGGAUAUAUAGGGAUGCGCUGUUUCUGUUGCAACGGUUUCGACAAGGGGCGGAUGCGAUCGAGGGCAAAAGUACAACAGGGAACAAGACCGCGCCAGCCCCGGCAAAGUCUGUAAAGAAAGAGCAGCCCGCUCAACCAUCCCAGCAAUCCACGAAAGCCUUGGACCGCGUGUUGGGUGCCAUUGAAGCGAAUGAUAUGGACCUGCUCCUCGCCUUCUUACCGAAGCUCCACGACAUAAAUGCAUUGGGCGAAACGAAUCUCUUCGGGAAGGCGUUCACUUGGGCACCGCUACAUGCAGCAGCGUAUUAUGGAAACCCAGAGAUGGUGGAGCUGCUGAUUGAGCGCGGGGCAAAUGUGGAGUUGUCGGAUACGUGGUAUCAUUCGAGGCCAUUGGGUUGGGCUGCAUACGCUGGAAAUCUGGCCAUAUGCACUCUCUUGAUCGAAAAGUACCAUGCGGACGUGACUUUUGCAAACAUCGGAGGGCAGACAGCGUUCGAUAUGGCAGCUGAUUCGGGAGAACCAGGUUGGAAGGAGCUGUUCCACAAGGCCGAGAACGCGAAACCGACAAUCAAAAUCGUCAGUCACAAACGCAAGAGCGCCAAUGAAGAUGAACUAGAUGAGGCAGGCACAGGAGGUGCCAGAAAGCGCACCCGUCACGGUGAUGCAACGCCAUUAGCAUCAACCGGCCCUGCCUCAGCCGGGCAGAGUAACCCGGCCCUCAAAAUAGUCUUCAAGAACCCCCAUACCGUCUCAGACGAUCGCUCGCCGCAUUCCGCGUCUUCGUCAGCGCCCGUAUCGCCCGAUAGGCACGGACCGUCUACGGUCAAGAUAAAGAUCCCACUCCCUAAAGUGAGUGGAGCGCCAAGUCCGGGAAGGUCGUCUUCGCCUACCAACAAUUCGAAGGAUGCUGUCUCCGGCCCAACUGUGCCUGCGAUGGCCAUAGUGGAGGCCCUGAAGUCCGAAACAAACGCCCCACAUACUGUUCCAGCGGUCUCAAAACCCACCGCGGGUCCAUCCGACAUGUUCAUAGACAUCGAAGAUGUCUCCGAAGACGACGACGACAACCCAGCAGCGGAGGUACAACAGGACCAGAAGUCGGUACCGCCGCAACAACCUCACAUGCCACCGUCACAACCUGCCGUACCCGGCCAGUUUGGAUCCGCGCCGGCGGUACAUACGCAUGGAGUACCGUAUACCGGCACGCUGCCGCCGACGAGAGGUUUAGUAGAUCGGAACGUAGCCGCGUCGGGUAUCGGGGGUGGCUCGCCGCUUUUCCGGGCGCCGGUUGAUGUGCCACCGCCACAACCCUCUCUAGUAACCUCCCUCGGCCUCGUCUCCAACGAUGACCACAUCCGCACCAUCCUCCCCAUCCCCACCUCAAAAACCCACCACGCCCUCACGUGCCCCCGCAAAGUCAAAUCCCUCAACCUCCGUCUCCUCCUCCUCCCUUCCCCCACACUCAACUACACCAUCUCCGGGACCCAUCUCUACCGCCAGGACUCCCAACUCCUCCCCGCUGGGCCUAGGCAGUUACCGCCCGCAAAUCCACGGAGGAAGGAUUUAGUGUUCAAGACGGCGGGAGCGACGGUGUGGGAUUGUUUGGUGUCGGUGGAGGAGGGGGUUAAUGUGUUUGAGUUUUAUGUGGUGGGCGCGUUGGCGGGUCAGGGGGCGCAGACGGGGGGUUAUGUCCUGCAGCCGCCGGUGGGGUUCGUGGAGCAGAAGGUGGUUUUGUUUAUGAAUAAGGUGUGAAAAGUGUAGUGCGUCGCCUCCCGUGGCGUGGAGCAGGAGGUGGUUUUGCAUAUGAAUAAGGCUGUGGAAGUGUGUAGAUGUACAGGCUGCGCUUUUGAGCGACGGACUACUGAAUAUAAGGCCCCGGGUAUCGCCGAGGCGAGCCAAUCGUU